GCAGAGCAUGCAUACCGAUGGUUAUCGAGGACAGGCAAAAUGAACUAGCCCCAUCGUUAACCUUUCCGAUAGUCUGCCGUUCUACGUCGUGUAAGGUAAAACUCCUGCUCCGGUGUAGCUGAAAUGACGACUCGUGUUCUUUCAUAACAAACUUCCGCAGUGACGUAUAGCAACGCGCUUCAUUUACGGGAAUACAUUCUCCAACUUUAGCCUUUUAAUUACUUUUCCUCUGAGCGUUUAAAGCUAAAAGCACAAUUUUGUGGCUCGCGAGUCGUCUGUCCCAUCGAUCUUGGCGGUAAACGCGUUAUUUAUAAAAAAUAGAAAACGUGCUAGCAUUCGGAGGCUACUGACUCUGUCAACGGGAUGCCUAUCUUAGAGGCAGACAGGUUGGAUUCCGUCCUCAGUUCAGUGUCUUAUUCGAACCGCGUCACUUACCCGCCUCCUUUGUCCCGCGCACGGAAGAGCCGGUCGGAUAUUCGCGUGAAAACCCCGGCCAAGGCCGGUGAGUACACGAAGUACACCAGCCUCCUCCACGACAUGGGGGCCGCCAUUGCUGAAGCAGAGUCCGUUUGAAAAAAACUUUAUUUACUCGAGGACGAGACACAGCGCUUGAGGUGGAAACCGACUGGAGUCCUGCAGCCUUGCAGUGAGUAUAACUUCUAACUGUACUUCGACUGGAACUAGUAUAACUUCUACAGGAUCUAGCUGUCAUCGUGCACACUGACGUGUACCUUAUGCAAAUGUCACACAAAUAUUGCUCAAAUACCAUACAAAUACACUUCAGGUACACUAAUAUACAAAUACAACGUAUGAACCUUCCAUGUAGCAUAUAAAAAAACGUAACCUUGCUUUUGAAAGGUUACACCUUUUUAUUAUCAAAGGUGUGACAUUUCCUGUCGUGCAGUAAAUUUAGUUUAUACAAGCUUUAUUUCCGACCAAACACUCAUUAAAUGUGUGUAACACCCACACAUAUAAUUUGUGGUCUUUGUACAGGUGUAAGGUGUAACUUGUGCAUUUGAUAAUAGAUGCACAUUGACAUCAACAAGAUGAAACAAUUGAUAGUAGAAAUGUUUUUGGACUCUUCGGGUACUUUACAGCACUCCAAUCCACAAUGAUAGAGUUUAAAUAAAUAGUAAAAGUGUAUGGUGUUAAAGGGUAUAUAGAAUAUUAUUUAUUAUGUACUCUAAUUAAUUCAGUAUUCAAGGAUUCAGUCAGUUACCUAUUAGAAUAUGGGAACACGUUAAACACAGGAAGCGAACAAACGAUCAGUAAAAAUAAGCUCCGCUUCUUCAGGCUCCUUUUCGGAAUUGUGCAAGCAUAAGGACGUGAUGUUCUUUAAUGUGAUCUUGUUAAGCUUGUUGGAAAUAAAUUCAACGGCUACCAUUAGCAAUUUGAAUGUGAUGAAAGCACACUUUAUGUAAAGAUGUAAGACAAUUAAUUUCAGCUACCCAACAUAGAACAUUUAUUGAAAAAAGCCUGCCUUUUUUCACACAAAAAAACAAUAUGUCAAACCUUUGACGUGUGUGCGCAUUACCAGGAAGUAGGCCUGCAGUGGUCACGUGACUAUUUCUUGGCAGUCUGCCCGAGCACACGUGCCCGUGCGCCAGCCCGUGCGCGCGCGCGGCCCCGUGCGAGUUUACUGGAAGGACUGAAGGGGGCGGGGCCUUACGAUCGGCUUUACUCACUGGAAACAACCUCCGGUAACCUUCCAACACACACACACACACACACACACGCACACGCACGCACGCACACGCAUACAUACGGUCCGGCUACCUCCACUUGCAGACGGCACAGCCGCCGAGCUCCUUCGGCCAGGAAGGCGACCUCACAGACUUUUUUUUUUUUUUGGUGGAGAAUACUUCGCCGAGGGGAUUUUAAUGCCUGAGCUAAUAAUCCUCCAUCUAGCACUACUCUCGGGUAGUUUGCCGAGCGUCUCUUUUCGUGGCGAGCUGCGGCGCGGGGCUGUGUCAAUCCGCAAGCUGUGUCUAGGUGCUCUCUCCCAGCCCCUCUCUGGAUGCAUCGGACUCCCCUGCCCCCGGGCCCUGGCCCCGGUGUGUGAGCCCGCCACCCACCCCUCGCUCCCCGUCGGUGUCCUGCACCUUUCCGCCAGUCCACCUUGGAGUGUCUGCUUCAGACCCCCUGCCUCCCCGGCAGGCGGAGGCGGGGGGCGGUGGCGUCAUGGUGGCCCCUCAUGGACGCGAGCCUCGCGCCAUGAGCGGUGCGACCCCCUCCGAGGGCAGGGUUCAGCGGUCCGACAUCACCCCGCAUCACUUCAAGCCUUUCAGUUCGCACGCACACUACCAGCAGGUGAUGCGUGCGUUGGGUAAGCUCCAGGAAAGUGGCUUCUACUGGGGCGCUGUGGGGGGGCGGGAGGCCAGCUCCCUGCUCCGCUCUGAGCCCCCUGGGACUUUUCUCAUCCGAGACUCCUCGGACAAUCACCACUUCUUCACGCUCUCCGUCCAGACGAGCCGCGGGACCAAGAACCUGCGCAUUCACAGCGAGGGGAGUGGCUUCUUCCUGCAGCCCGACUCCCAGUGCACCCAGGCACCCCCCCAGUUCGACUGUGUGCUCAAACUCAUUGCGCACUACAUGGGGAAGGGGCCGGAGGGCGGUGAACUGAAAGGCCACGGUGUUUACCUGAUCCACACUGGCGGGGAGCGGAUCCCCCUGGAGCUGCGGCGACCCCUCCUCAACUCUCUGUCGUCCCUGCAGCACAUGUGCAGGAGGACCCUGAACAAUCAAGGCCUGGGAGGGUCACAGCAGGUCCAGCAGCUCCCGCACACGCUCAGAGACUUCCUGGAGGAGUAUGACGCCCCCAUAUGACUGACAGGAAGAUUCCCAGGACGUGGACACUAUGGACCAGUUCUCAGUGGGAGACCCAGACUUGACCUCAGCCACCAGUGUGAGGUCAGUGUUUUUUGGGGGGGCUGGGAGGUCAAGUGACCUUCAGCUGAAGCCAGAGGUCAAGGGUCAACUCUCCUACGACUGACUCGGACGCAGACCAGAGCCUCGUAGAAGACGAAGCGACGACGUGCUUAGAGAUGAGGGGGCGGGGAGACUUCAAUGUCUACACCCGCCCCCCCACCCCGCCCCCCACUCCGCCCCCCGCUGGGCCGCUUCCGUCUUUCACACGGGACCAAAGCAAACAGCGCAAUAACGCUCCAUGAGGUGAUGAUGAUCAUGGGGGGUGGGGGUCUGGCCAGAAGAGCGGGAAAUGGGAUUAGGAAAAAGGACAUUAGAGGUGGGCGUGGUGCCGCCGCAAUGGGGCGGGGUCAGGAAAUGAUGGUCUGGCGUGCGCCGGAGCCAAAAUGCCGUGAAGUCUUAAUGUGGGGGUGUCCAAAGUGAGGCACAGGGGCUAUUUUUGGCCUGGAGCUCUUUUUUUUUUAAUUGGCAUAUUUUAAAAAUACAAUGAAUUAUUAAUGACAUAUAUUAUUAGAUAUGACACCACAUCACCUAGCUAAGAUGUGGAUACUGACGACAUUGGAUUGCUUUGAGCAUCUUUAAUGCACUAACUGUAUCAAAAUGCCCCACCCCCAAAUUAUUUUUUACUGGUUCUCAUCUCAAAUGCUGUUAAAUGAAAAUGUACGUAGCUCCCAAUUUUCGCUCCGGAUGAGAUACAUUCAUUUCAUUGCACGACACUGCUAAGUCUCACACACACAAACACGUGUACACACACAUACAUACAUACGCAUUGGUUUAUUAAUACGCCAAGUUCGGAGUUGAGACGCCAUAUGAAGUAUUAAGAGGCGAGUACAUGAAUCAGCGUGGCGGCACUCAUACAUUUCAAUAAUUUUACCGCUCAAAAAAAACCCAAACUAGACCUUCAGUGUUAAUCGCCGCAUUUCAAAUCAGUUUAUUUGGUAAGAUUUAAAAAAAAAAAAAAAAAAAAAGACGACACAGGUUGUACGUCCCAUGUUA